AAAAGCAAGCCGAGAGAAGAAGGUUGAACGGGAUCCAGUGGGAAAUCAAAUUAAUUAAUUAUAAUUAAAAUCUGAAAUUAUUUAUUUCUUCUUUCUCCUUGCUUCUUCGGGCUUUUUGAAAAACUCCCAAAUCUAUUUUCUUCCUCGAUUAAAGUGGAGCGUAACAAUGGCGAGAAGACCGGAUGAAGAAUACGACUACUUGUUUAAAGUGGUUUUGAUCGGAGACUCCGGUGUCGGCAAGUCAAAUCUCCUCUCUAGAUUCACUCGCAAUGAGUUCUGCUUAGAAUCCAAAUCCACCAUCGGUGUCGAAUUCGCUACCCGUACUCUCCAAGUGGAAGGAAGGACUGUGAAAGCUCAGAUAUGGGACACUGCUGGACAAGAACGAUACAGAGCCAUAACCAGCGCCUACUACCGAGGUGCUCUUGGAGCUCUCUUGGUCUACGACGUCACUAAGCCAACAACUUUUGAGAAUGUAAGCAGGUGGUUAAAAGAACUCAGAGACCAUGCUGAUUCCAAUAUUGUGAUCAUGUUGAUUGGUAAUAAGACAGAUCUGAAGCAUCUCAGAGCUGUUGCCACAGAGGAUGCUCAGAGCUAUGCUGAGAAAGAAGGCUUGUCUUUCAUCGAGACAUCUGCCCUCGAGGCAUCAAACGUAGAGAAGGCUUUUCAGACGAUUCUCUCAGAGAUUUAUAGGAUUAUCAGCAAGAAAUCGAUAUCUUCGGACCAGGGAACUACAAAUGCUAACGUCAAGGAAGGCCAAACGAUUGAUGUCGCUGCUACUUCUGAUUCAAACGUUAAGAAGCCUUGUUGCUCUUCCUCUUGAAAGGCUUUGUUUUUUUUUGUGUCUCACUUUAAAAGCCAAUAUCUAUGCGACUUUGUUUUAAGGCUUUGCGUUGUGUUACACUAGCUAAAAUAUAUGCAAGUUGCCUCUGUUUUUUUUUUU